UUUUCAACGUGGGUUUCUAGCCGAGCAGAAGUAAAUCUUAUACAUAAUAAAAUUUUACAUAAAUUUAUCGCAAAAUAUAUUUGUAAUCGAAUGCCUUGCUUUAUGCAAAGCCAAACACAAGUAUUUUAGCGCUUAUUCGUACAAACAUAUACGUGUCGCUGAAAAUAUUGUUUUAUUGGCAUUCGCUUUUACAUUUCUAAAAUACUUUGGCGAAGACCAUCUGCUCAGAAGCACGUUGCAAGUUUGAUAAACCAGAGAAUCUCCGAAAAUCCGGAAUUACUAAUUAUUGCAAUUGAGCGCCUAACACAAGACACGUGUUCCGAAUUAACCUCAAACCCUCUAAUGAGUGUCCGCGAAGCAGGCGAAACAGCUUCUGGCUCAUCAAAGGUCACCAGCAUGCACUCUGCUGGUGUGGCUACCGAAGUAGCUACUUCCACUUCUGCCACCGUUACGGGUGCAAUAAUUGGCAUACCCGCUUCUACUGGUGACACGGUAUUCGCUACUGGGAGCGCGCCGACUGAAGCAUUCGCGCCACCACUUUCCCCCACAACGACGGUUGGAUUUAUAGCUAAUGGAACAACAGGUGCUAUUUUCGCAUCGACUCCUCGUCAGACUGAGGAUGGCCUGGGAACGAUCGUUGCCUCGCCUCUUCGCACCCGCUCGGGGAUCUUACGUACUGAGAAGCCACGCAAGCGUGCACGCACAUUACGCACAACUGCGCCAACAAUCGCUCCGAUUGAUGAAGAGAGACCACAGGUAACUUGGUGCCAUAUGACGUACCCCUCAGCAACACACGGAGUUGGUGGUUUAAAUCCAUUGCCGGAUAUUCAUGUAGAAUUGGAUGGACUUAAUAUACAUAACCGUAACAUUUCACAACACGUGCCCUUUAAUAUAAAUGCAUCAUCGAGCUUUGCAUCUGCUCCAUUAGUAUUUCAACAAACAACGCUAGAUUUUCAUUGGGUUUAG